CAAAACCAUAUUCUUCAUUUUUUUUCAUUAUUUUGAAAUUUUUAAACAUUUUUUCUUUUAAUUUUUUUGGCCUCAAAUCCAUUUAAAGCAAACUCAUACGUAAUAACUGAUUCCAUAACUUUUACCUUUCAUUUCUCUUUGUUUAGGGUGAUUGUUGUUUGUCUUCAAAACGGAAGCCAUGAGUCCUUCACAAUUCCAUGCAAAGAAAGAAAUCACAUCCACCAAUAACAACAUCAACGGAUUGCUACCACCACCGUUGAAAAUCAGCAAGGAAUCCCAUCUCAUCAAAAAAUCGUCAUCAUCUCCACCAUCGUCAUCCUCUUCAUCAUCAUCAUCAACAUCAUCAUCAUCCCUUGUUAAUAAUGUCAUGACACAAGCAAUGCCCGUGUCAUCUUAUAAACAACCUCCACCUCAACAACGCCACCCGGUAAUCAUCUACACACAUUCUCCUAAGGUCAUCCACACUCAUCCCAAGGAUUUCAUGCAAUUGGUGCAAAAGCUCACCGGCCUCUCUCGCUUAGAGGAGGACGGUGGCCAUCCAUCGCCACAACAACCACCGAAACAACAAUAUGGAGCUGGCAUUGAGGCAAUGGUAGGAGACAAAGAAUGUGAGAGGAAAAAUGUGGCUAUUAUAAGAAAUGAAGAUGAGACAUCAUCGGUGAUAACCGAAGAAAAUAAUUGUAGUAGUAGCAUGGGUGAAAACCAAGUUAACUCUUGUUUCAUGGCGAGAGAGAAUCCAAUACUAGAGCAUCCGUUGAACCCUUAUAUGACAAACUUGUCGGUAUUGACGUCGGAAUUCGCGUGUUCGAAUCAGUCAUUAUUGAAUUAUUCGGAUUCUUUGUUCUUCUCUCAUAACAUGAGGACUUCUAUUCCAUCAUCCUUAGAAGGGGUGAAAGAGAUUCGUGAACAAUGAUUAUAGAUGGAAGUUUUUCAUGUUUGAAUUUUUAUUAGUGCCAAUAAAAGUUCUAGUUUUCUAGGAUAGAUCUUCAAUGUUUUGUUUUUGUAGAAAAAGAUUGUAUUUACAGGAAAUUGUUCCAUUUAUUGUUUUAAACGUUUAA